CGAAAAGUGUCUGAUUUUUCUUUAGGGACCCUUUCUAUUCCACUCCUGAAUGCGCUGAUGGAAGUUUGAUUACCUUGCAAGCACAAUGUGAGACUUUAAAGGGAUGGUGGACAAGUAGCCUGCUAGAUAUGCUCAGUUGACCAAGGUAAUACUUUAAAAUUUGUUUAUCACAUCUAGCGAGCAUUGUUCGAUGGGAGAAUAUUGCAUCUAGUGUUUCUACUGUUUGUCUGAGAUACCUUGGUUAUUUUUGCAUCAUUAUCUUCAGGUAGUCAUCAAAUUGUUCUAGAACUUUUUUUCUGCCAAAUCAAAGACCAAGGAAAUCUUUUGAAGAUCUAGUAAGCUGUGCAAUGCAGCAGACACCUUGUUUUUAUGAAUGAAUCUGAGAUUUUUUUUUUCACUUACAGAAAAAAUACAGCAAUUUGUUUGUGCCGUUGGAUGAAAAUGGCUGUUGUACAUACCGUAGACCCUGUGGUGCUUAAGUUCACCUUUUAUCUUCCUGCAUUUCUUUCUUCAUGUAUACCAUUUAUAUCUAUUACUGACUUCCACAAAAAAUGGGGAGCAAUUUGUCUUGUUUCAACUCUCUCACUGAUUUUACAUGGUUGACUGUUACUUGUUUUGAAGGAAGAGAUUACCCAAUUUCUCCUGAUCUCUGGCUGCUCAUAUUUAGGUUCAAACGUACUUAUGUACUUAUGUAUCACUUUCUUCUGCCUCUUUUACCCAAUUUCUCCUAAUUUUGUUUAUGAUACUCCUCUUGCUAUCAAAACCAUCAUAAUAUCUUCACCUCAGUUUCUUGCAUUCGGUAGUUAGCUUUUCUCUGGAGUAUCCUCAAAUGAAAAUUGUGACUUUGUGUGAUAAAUUGUUAAUGAUAGCAUUGCAUGCUUACAGUUAUUAGCGAAUGAACUAGCAAGGUUCGAUUUUUUGAUAGGUUAUUGAUAUAUUGGAUUGCACAUAUUUGACAAUCUGAAAUUUACAAGAGAUACUUGAGCACUAGACAUAUGUAGUGAAGCCUAUGCACUCCAUUGAUCAUGCACAUUUUUCCUUGAUUGAUUCAUAUCUGAUUUCUACUCUUCCGAAGGACCCUAAAUCUACCCAGGAAUUAGCAGUUUUAUCAUUUUUAUUGUGGCCAUUGGAGCACUCAAGGCCAAAUAUUCAGGGAAAUUAUGACUUGUUAUUAUAACCCAACAAGGGAAAGAUUCAUAUUUGUUAAAUACUCUAGGUGACUCCUGUGAUUGACUUUCCCUAAUCUUGAACUGGUAGCGCAAGCUCUACUUGUAGUAAGAACUACUGAAGAAUUUAGUAUUUUAGGAUGUCUAGCCUCUCGGAGGAUAAACACAAACAUUUGACAACAAUUAUAGAUAUCCUAUAGUCUGUAAAAUUAGUGAAACUCUGAUAUGAUUCACAAAUGUCAUACAAUUAUUGCCAUAGCUCAAGGAAUAUGAAUUAUAUGCAGAUUUUUUUUACAUCAAGAAACAUCAGUUUUGUGCCUAGAUAUAUAUGGUACUUGAUGUGAUUUUUGACUAAGGCAUCUCGAGGCAUAUUUGUCCACUAGGCAGUCAACUAGGAACCAAGGUAAUUGCCCGUACCAACAAUGAUAAUAACACAGCAUAGAAUUAAUUGUCUCCGUAAAUGUUGAGGUUCUGUUUAAUAUCCUGUACUGAUUCAGGUUUUUUACAUAAUUAAGGAUGUGUUGCCGUCAGCUUGAUUUUUUUUCUUGUCCGGUGCUUAACUACAGUAGAUACAACCACAAUGUAAGGCACAUCAUGAUUUUAGUUGAUCAAGAUUAUUAGUCUUUUUCUUUUUUGGUAUAGAAAAAUUAAAUUGGAACUAGUUGCCAAUGAUUCUUAUUUUGCAGAAACUUAUUGGAGGAUUUUUUUUAUACUUUCUUUUGUUGGAUAUGAAUAUCAUGGUAUGUUUACAUCUCUUUUACGAUCUGACACGGAACUGGUGGACUAGUUUACGUUGGAUUGACAUUGUGUAAGUGAAUUUAAAGAAGAAAAAUCGAGAAUAGGACCAGUCAGAUCCAUGAAACUUGUUGGUCUACUGUUUUUUUACAAAUUUAUCUUCCAGUUGAUUAUGCAGUCAAAAUCUGUCGAAAAGGUCAUUUUCUCAUGCACCUGACUUAUCAGAGAGAGAUUUUGGCUUUUACAUAUAAGAGAGCAACCAAGUAGAAUCAAAUACUUCUCCAGGUAAGGAGUUUAGAAGGUGACAAAUGUAAUGCUAUAAAAUUCUGUGGGGAAGAUGCCAUCAAUGAAGACUCUGUUCCCUUGAAGAAUCUUGAUUAUGUUGACAUCUGUUGCUUCAAGUAAAUCUAGCGCCAGAUUCUGACUUGAAUUGGUAAUGCAUCUGCAAGGCAAAACAGUAGUUUCUUUCUUCUGAAAUGCCGGUUUCUUUGGUUUAUUAUCUACAAAACUUUGAAAUGCUACUUCUUUUGUAUAAUGCUAUCAAAAACUCAGAGAGGCCUUCUUCCUCAAGAAAUCAGAAGAUACAGCAGCUUUAUUGCUUGUUUUAAGCUUGUCCACUUACUUGCUUAGUGAAUUGGCAUGAAAGUUUGUGUUUCUUCAAGCUGCUCAAAAUAUAAUAAUGGAGUUUUAGCAGUAGAGAAGCAAGACUACUGACAUUGACAGAUUAAGUUGCACUGAUAUGUCUCUUGUGGCCUUCUUCUUGCCUUCAUUUGCCAGCCAUGAAUCCAGUCUCAUCUGCUCCAGGGCAUUGUAGACAGGCAUUGCAACAGAGCAGCUUGCUUCGUGUAGUUUGCUUGUGCCACUGUCGAAAGUAAUUUUCCCUGCACACUGCUGCCAAUCAUGUAAUGCCGCCUACAUGACUUGAUCAGCCAAAUCAAACUCACAAGUUCUCAUCAAUUCUUCUUCUUCUUCUUCUACCCAAGGAUACUUAUUGUCCAUUACUUUGGUGUGCAGUCAUCUGUUGGUUUUUCACAUACAAAGCUCAGCAGAUCACCACAAGCUUCUUAUCCUAAAGCUACAGGAGAUGACAUGGGGGAGGGGAGAGGGAGUACGAUGGCAUAUCAUCUCCGUUAUUGCGGUACCGGACGCACCGCAGUGCUCGGGAUUGGCUGUCACAGGCGGGGCCACCGUCAUGAAGUACAACCUGGCUCAACCCAACCGAUCUGAGCCCUCCGAUUCCAUGAUGAGGUGCUUUAAAAGUACAACUGCUGCAUGCAUGCAGUACGCUGAUGUCUGAUGGUGGCUUUUCCAUGCACUUGUUGUGGGUAGGUCGCUUUGUUGGUACACUGCCGCAACCUUUUCUCUGCUUCUGUAGGAGGAAAGAACAUGAAGAAGUAUCACUUUACCUAUUCCUCCCUUUAGUUUAUGCAUCGAUUAUUUGCAUGAAAUCUACUUCUUCACACAGAGCUUGCAAUUACAAGUGCAUGAAGUAUAUAUAGUUCGACAACACUUUCUCAGAAUUAUAGUAGCAACUCCUCCCUUUACCUCUUUCUCAAGCAAUAUGUUAAUAGUGUGUGUCUUUUAUAGAGUUGGUGUUACUGUUACAUGUGAGGAUUCAGAUUCAAUUGGACUCCAGUGAUCAGCUUUGCUCUUAAAGAUGCCUUCUGGCAUUAAGAGUGCAGGUGGAAUCUUGAUUGGAACGAAGAAAGAGGAGCAAUGGAAGUUGUGGUUUUCAGCUGCUAAUGGUGAUUGAAUGUGAAUGGUGGUAAUAGAAGUGGUAGGUGGACCACAUAACACGAACUGUUGCCAUCAAAGGCCACUGUCACGUCUCCCUUCCUACACAGAUCCAACUCCCCUGUGCUGUUGCCUAUCUCCUGCAGCUCCAGAGCGAACCCUUUCCAUGGAUCACGGUGUCUUCCCAUCUCCCCCACAACACCUUGAAUGGCCUGCCUUGUAGCUUCGCUUCGAGGUAAAGCAGUCCUAAUCAACAGCGUGCAUCCUCAUGUGGAUGUGGAUGCACCCAUGGCUUCCAGAUGGCCGGUCCGCCGCCGACGCCGCCCGAUAUCGCCGCUCCCGGGUGCACACAGCUGCCAUCCUCGAGUACACACGUCGGCCGCAAAGCCACCUCAUGCGUCGCGAUUGGCGGGCGAUCACGCGUGAUUCGUGGGCGCAGCCAAAGCUGGCUGGGACGCCAAUCUACUCCCAGGUUUCCUGAUCUCUCAAUCUCCAUUGGCACUGGACUUGUGCUCACGUCAAGGACACGAAGCAUGUUUCAUGUACAGAGGAAACUGGCGAUCAAGUGGCGAUGACAGCGUGCGUCGUCAAGGUCUUGAGGUCCCUCACGUUUUACCUCUAGUGCGGGGAACGCACAAAUAGACCUCGUUUUCGACGUGAGACAUGUAGGCCAUGGAGCGUCGCCUACAAAUACCCCCGACGGAUCACUUGGUGCCCAUGUCGACCCAGAAAUCGAGGAUCAGCGACGAGGAAAUCAACGAGCUCGUCUCCAAGCUGCAGUCUCUGCUCCCGGAGUCUCGCCGCAGGAACCUGAGCAGGGCGUCGUCGGCGUCCAAGUUGCUGAAGGAGACAUGCAGCUACAUCAAGAGCUUGCACCGCGAGGUGGCCGACCUCAGUGGCCGGCUCUCCCAUCUGACGUCGACGUUGGACCCCGACAGCCCUCAGGCUGAGAUCAUCAGGAGCAUCCUCGGGUCCUGAGCUGAGCUUCUCUGCUGUUGCUGGCGUGAAGAAGGGUUAUAAAUCUCAGCAAGAGUAAUAUUACUUCUGAUUGAUGCAAACCAAAUCCUCCAGCGGUUGCUAUUGUCAUCGUGUUUCUGUAUACAUAUCCAAAGCUUAAUCCAUUUCUUCUCACUCUAUCAUCUUGAUACAAACACCAUGCAUGAUGAUGCUAUCAGAAAAUGAGCUUGAGAGCUGAAAACUUGAGAAACGUUUGAACUAAAUUUGGUGGAAAGAAACACCAAAUCUGCAAGUGCUACACACGCAUUCGUCACCAAGAAGCAUUUAGAGAAAGAGGGAUCAAGAAUUGAUGAUGCAAUUGGCCUGAAGAAGCGAUUUGGUCAUUGUCCUGGAAGAGACGGUAGGUCGACAAAUUGGGCCCGGCUGGUCCCAACAAUGGCGGCAUGGGAGACAGGAACAUUAAAGCCCCUCGUUGGAUCAUCAUAAACACCAUUCCUUGCCCAGCCCACGUGAGAUUUGUUUCUUCAUCGUUUUCCUAAUGAUUUAGACAGACAAAUGCCUUUGAUUCAAA